AUGUUGGCGCAAUGGCACGGGAACGCGUCGGAGGACCCGCAUUCCAGCUGGAACAGGCUGACGUUGCGGUUCCGGGACAAAGGCCUGGAAGAUGGUUUCGCCAAGGGGCGUUUGCCUAGGCUCCGCGGCAGCCUCUUUGCUUGCAGCUUGGUAACCUCGGGGGUUUUCUUCGUAUCGUUAGUGAUGCAGAAGCCAUGGGACACCGACCAAUACAGGAGCCCGCAGGAGAGGCAGAUCAUGGAGAGGUCGAACGUGAUGUUCGGCGUUGCCGCAGGGGGGUCCCUCCUGACGGCCGCCGCCUCUUCCCUGCUCCUCCGCCUCGGGCGGCGCAGCGCCCUGGCCCUGGAGGUGCUCGCUGUGAUCCUCGUGUGCCUUGGGAUGCUGUUUCUGCCGAUGGCUCUGCCGUUCUACACCGGCCGGCUGCUGGGCCAUGACUCGAAGCUCUAUUUGGAGAACCGCCACAUCACAGACUCGGGGCUGCUGCUGUCGAUCGACGCGUUCGUGACGGCCAGCCACAUGUCGUUGGGCGUGCGGUUUUUCUGCAUGCUUCCGAUACAAGUCGGCGCUCUGCUUUGCUAUAUUGUGCCAUCGUACCUCCUCGGCAGCCCCGAGGGGGAAAACAUGAUUCCGUAUGGGGUGACCCUUUUGAGCCUCAUAACGAUGGCAGCGAUUGGCAAGUACAAUUUGGAGUACCAGGAGAGGAAACAUUUUUUGUCUUUGAUCGGAGAAAAGGCUCUUCGAUGUCAGUCAGAAUUCGAGCUGUCGAAAAUUCAGGCAGGGAGUGUGCAGUUUGCCGGAAGCGUUGGCACUUCCGACGCAGGGUCUGAUUCCGUGCCAUCCACCACGCAAUCAGCACGCAGAUUCAUACCGCAUGACAAGACCGAUAUCACCCCCGCAUUUCUACGUGACUUGGCGUCGAUAGGUGAGAAGGAGCAGUGGCUAAUCAGUCGUGAAGAACUGAGCUUUGAACCAGGACGCCUCCUUGGAGAGGGUGGAUAUGGAAAAGUGUUUCUGGGACGUUACCAGGGAAUCUCUGUAGCAAUCAAGGUCCCCACCACUCGUGGACGCACUUUCUCGAACAAGUUGCAUGUGGCCGAGCUUUGCAACGAGCUGCGGAUUCUCCGGAAGCUUCGGCAUCCAAACAUAGUGUUCAUGUACGGGGCUUGCCUUGACGAGCAGGGUUGCAAUGUAGCCUUGAUCCUCGAGCUGGUCGAAGGCUGCUCUCUCGACAAGUUUGUUCUUUGGGGCCAGUUGCACCCAGAGAAGGGCGACCCUGCGCGAGAUGUGGCGGGCCCUCCCAGCGAAGUGGACCGGCUGCAAGUGCUGGUGGACGUGACGUGCGCGUUGCGGUAUUUGCACUCGCGCACGCCACACGUGGCGCACGGCGAUCUCAAUGACAGGAACGUGUUCGUGGAGCCCCGCGUGGGUGACCGCGUUGUUCCAAGGGCGAAGCUUCUUGAUUUUGGCUUGGCGAGGCUGCGGACAAGGCACGCCCCUCCGAUGGGAGGCACGCUGAGGUGGACGGCGCCCGAGGUGUUCGGACGGCAGUCGUCGGCCAAGAGCACCUCGGCAGACGUGUACUCAUUUGGCCGCCUGGCUUACUUCGUGGUGACAGGUCUCUACCCCUUCCACGGCCGGAGCAAGGCGGAGAUCUCCAGGAUGCUGGAAAGGUCGCACUUGCCUCCGAUGGAGUGGCCACCGAGUGGGCCCACGUCGAGCACGCACUGCGCGAUCUUAGAGAAGUGCUGCAGCGCCGAGCCCCGCCAGAGGCCGAGCAUGUCGCGCGUGCACCGCGACGUCGGCGCCUGGCACGCGGAGCUGCUGGGGCACCCGAGCCCCUGCGUCGAGGCCGAGCCCCUGAACACCACCCUGCUCUUCGGGGGCACCAGGCAGAACCGGCAGCUGGGGCUGCGCCGGCCGCGGUCUCCAGAGCUCCGCGACCAGGGGGGGGUGGCCACGGGGUCGUCGAACGCACAGCCCGUGUCCUCCGCGAGGAUCUCCUCGGCAUCGGCGGCCAAGUACCGCCUGACCCCAGACCGCACGGUCGUGGCAAUGGUGCUGGAGGUCCUCCUGAGCUGCAACGUCGAGAUCCCCGAAGGCAGUUGCUGUCCGUUCCACGGCUGCGUGGACAGAUUGCUGAAGGUGUGCGCCGACAUCGGCCGCAGGAAGUGCGUGCAGGACUGGCAGGGCGGCGGCAGGGUCUGCGGCCAGUGCUCCUCUUGCGGAAUCCUGUUCCCCGAGGACCCGGCCAGCUCCACGUCGUUGCAGCAGCCCUCGGCGGUGAGGCAGUGCACGUUCUGCAACUCCGUGCAGAACAAGCUGACAUGUUCGAGCCACUUGUCUUGCUCGACGUGUGGCGCCCUCAGUAUCGAAGAGUCGUUCUUCGUUCAUGCUGAGUGGCUCAAGGCGCCGCCCGAAAGAUCCGACUAG